AUGUCACAUACCAGCGAACAAAAUGGAACAGAUGGGGCAGCCCAAAACCACCACUACCGCAUUGCGUCAAUCCCGGCGGAUGGAAUCGGCCCCGAAGUAGUGAGAGCUGCGAUCGAUGUCGUUAAUCAAGUCUCUCAAACAUUGGGCACUUUCACGGUCGAAUUUACUCAUAUCCCGUGGGGUACGGCAUACUACAAGGAGCACGGUCGAUAUGUGGAUGAAAAUGUCCUCGAUGUCUUAAGAAGCUACGAUGCAGGCCUGUUUGGCGCCGUCGGAGCACCUGAUGUUCCUGAUCACAUCUCAUUGUGGGGGCUUCUUCUGGCGAUUCGUGGACCUCUACAGCUUUAUGCCAACGUACGACCAGUUCGAUCGUUUCCUGGCACCGAAACAGCACUUCGAAGAGCAAACAAUGAAGAUAUUAAUUGGCUCCUUGUGCGAGAGAACUCGGAGGGAGAAUAUUCGGGCCAAGGUGGUCGUUCGCAUCGGGGUCAAACAUGGGAAACUGCCACCGAGGUAUCCAUUUUCACAUACGUCGGAAUUGAGAGGAUCAUGCGGUUUGCCUUUGAAGCAGCUCAGGCUCGCCCGCGUAAACUUCUCACUGUCGUGACAAAGAGCAAUAGCAUGCGAAACGGCAUGGUAUUGUGGGACGAGGUUGCUGCCAAAGUGGCGAAGGAUUUCCCCGAUGUGAAAUGGGACAAGAUGCUGGUUGAUGCCAUGACAGUUCGAAUGGUCAACAAUCCCAAGUCGUUGGAUACCAUUGUCGGAACUAACCUUCAUAUGGAUAUCUUGUCCGACCUUGCUGCGGCGCUUGCUGGGUCGAUUGGCGUUGCCCCAUCCAGCAAUCUUGAUCCGACUCGCAAAAAUCCAUCUCUGUUCGAACCUGUGCACGGGAGCGCAUUUGACAUCACCGGCAAAGGCAUUGCAAAUCCCGUCGCGACAUUCUGGUCCGCUGCGGAGAUGCUUGCCUGGUUGGGAGAAAAGGAUGCUGCCAAAGUGAUGAUGACAGCCGUGGAACAAGUUUGUAAGGCCGGAAUCUUAUCUCCCGAUCUGGGAGGCAAGGCCAAUACGCGAGAAGUGACCGAAGCUGUGUGCGAAGAGGUCAAAAGACUAGGGUCCUCGACAAAGACCCCGAUUCCUUCUGUCGGUCUUUUAAAGAAAUUGCAAUUCGGAUUGCAAUUCUUGACCCUGCCAAUAUCCUAUCCACGGUAUUUUCUGGGCCAAUCACGGCAUGCCACGUUCUCAACCAUCGAUGGUGCACAAGGAACUGAAGGCUGGAGAUGGCUCUUUGUCAUUGAAGGUGUCGUGACAUUCAGUGUCGCUUUGAUCUCCACGUUCCGAUACGGAUCAUCCAUUUACCACUCGACGGCGUUCAGAAAGAGAAGUUACCAUAACUCAGAAGAGAAUAACCUGCGACACGUUGGGAAAACGAAGGCCCAGAGCGCACUCCAGAGCCCGAGAGUUGCAUCGUCAGAUCCACGGCUUUUCCUCCUCGCUCUGACCUAG